AUGGAAGAACAUAUUCGCAACCCUCACCCGUACUUAUCGGGCAACUUUGCUCCCAUCAAGCGCACACGGUUUCUUACCGCGUGCGCACACACCGGCACAAUACCUACAGAGCUCGCCGGAGGCCAAUAUGUGCGGAACGGCGGGAACCCCGUCACCAACGAGGAUAUGGGCCGGGAUGCCCAUUGGUUUGAUGGCGACGGCAUGCUCACUGGCGUGCUGUUCCGGCGCACGGGCGAGAAGGGAAACCAGAUUCAGCCCGAGUUCGUGAAUCAGUAUAUCCUCACCGAUGUUUUUCUCAACGCCAAGGAGAAUCGCAACCUCCGGCGGCCGCUGCUGCCCAGUAUUGCAACAUUGGUCAGUGCUUCGUUCUUCACUGUUAUCCUGGUGGUCAUGAGAACGAUCGCUUUGGUGGUACUGUCGCGAUUGCCGGGUUCCAGGCGCGCAGUCAAGAAGAUCAGCGUCGCCAACACCGCCGUUGUCUACCACGAUGGCAGGUCUCUGGCAACUUGUGAAAGCGGCCCUCCCAUGAGAUUCCAGCUGCCUGGCCUUGAGACUGUGGGUUGGUACAAUGGACGGAAGGCUGAAAACGAGCAUAGCGACGAUACUCGUGCAGGCUUUGGCGGCGAAGGCCCCAUCGGCUUCAUGAAGGAGUGGACGACGGGUCAUCCACGCGUCGACCCGGUGACCAAGGAGUUCAUAUCCAUGCAUGCCGUCUUCAUCACGCCGUACGUCUAUUAUUCGAUUGUGCCGCCCAGCGAAAAGGUGCUGGGGCAGGGAGUCCCAGCCAGACCGAGAUUUGACGUGCCCGUCCCUGGUGUGAAGUCCCCAAAGAUGAUGCAUGACUUCGGAGUCUCGGCUCAUCACACAAUCAUUCUCGACCUGCCCUUGUCGUUGAACCCGAUGAACAGCAUCACGGGGACACCGGUAGUCUCAUACGACCCAACCGCGCGAUCACGCUUUGGUGUCUUCCCGCGAUACAAUCCUGAAAAGAUUCAGUGGUUCGAGACAAACCCCUGUGUCAUUUUCCACACGGCCAACAGCUGGGAGACAACUACACCCGCGCCAGCCACCGAAACAUGCGUUCACCUGCUUGCGUGCCGUCUCACGUCGGCCUCGAUGGUGUACAGCGCAGGUGCGCUCGCGCCGCCCACGCCGAAGCCGGUGCCCCCAGAAUACGUCGAGGAGGAACAAUGUCGUCUUUACUACUACAACUUUCCCCUCGUGGCCGACGGCUCUGAGACCGCACCCACGGUACGGAGCCAGUGGGCCCUUUCGGCCAUCCCGUUCGAGUUCCCAACGCUGUCGUCGUCACAUGCCAUGAAAGCAGCUCGCUUCAUCUACGGUUGUAGCACUGGGUCGUCAUCGUACUACUCGGCAGCACUUGGCAAAGCAUCCAAGAUUGAUUACCUCGCCAAGAUAGACGCGACGACGCUCAUCGCGCGUGGUACGGCGCAUCCGCCACAGGCGAUCAAGGGCUGUGUUGAUACGCGAAAACUCGACGAGGUGAUGCAGAGCCCCGACCCCGACGACCCGAUCAAACUCUUCCCCAUGCCCGAGGGCUGGUAUGCACAGGAGCCACGCUUUGUGGCUCGGGAGCAGGCCGAGUCCGAAGACGACGGUUGGCUGCUCACGUACGUGUUUGACGAAUCACAGCUGAACGCCGACGGCGCGUGCGGGGACGAGACGGCCAGCGAGCUCUGGAUCAUCGACGCGAGGAACAUGAAGGACGUGGUGACUAGAGUCAAGCUACCGCAGCGUGUGCCGUACGGACUCCAUGGCGCCUGGUUCUCGGAAGGCGACAUUGCCGGGCAGAAGGCCUUCGAAAAUGUCAGGCGAGUAGCACACAAAGACGAGCUUGACGUGUCAAGCCCGCUGUCGAAAAUUAGGGACAGCCUUGAGAGGUUGAUUGGAUGA